AUGGUCUCAGUGCGCCCACCACGCGCGGUGUCGAUCGAUCAACUUAUACGGGGCGAUCUCAAAUGUAUGGUAUCUUAUCGGGUUGAGUUAUCUCAUUCGAUUUCUGCGUCGCAACGUCCUUGUUCUUUCUUCCUUUCGCUCCUCUUCUUUACCCAUGGUCACAUCCGACGAAUCACGACCCGUCGAAGAGCCCCGAACGCCCCGACCACGACUACCGCACUGCGCGACGCCCGACGAUCGCACGUGGCCCUCAUGGCGCAGCAGCAGGGUUGGACGGAAGCGGGCGCGCACGGGGGAUGGCAGCAGCCACCGACGCAGGACGGCGGCGGAUGGGGCGCGCCGACAAACGCGCCGGGCGCACAGGCAAACGCGUACGCGGCGCAUCCGGCGUACGCGGCGCAACAGGGCGGGCAGGGCGGUUGGAACGCGAUGCCAUCUGCGCCGGCGCCGAUCUCGACCGGGGCGCCGAGGGGAUUCGGCGACGCGAGCUCGAGCGCGCGAGGCGCCGGCGGCGGCGGGUUUGGGCAGCCGAUGAGCCCGAGGAGUCUGGCGGCGGCGGGCCUGGGGAUGUACGGCGGAAAGUUUUUGAACGACGGUGCGAGCUUCGUGAGCUCGAACUACGCGAAGUAUUUCAGUACGGCGUCGAUGCGGGCGUACUUCGACGUGACGGAGUCGUACGUGUUUCAUAAGCUGCGCCUGUUGCUGUGUCCAUUUUUGCACAAGGGCUCUUGGGCGCGGCUCCCGGAGAGCGUGGCGGGGGGCACGGCGUAUAAACCCCCGAGGAAUGAUAUCAACGCACCGGAUUUGUACAUUCCCUUGAUGGCGUUCUGGACGUACGUGCUCACGGCAUCGAUUCGCGAGGUGUUCUCAUCAAAGAGCGGUGCCUUCACACCCGAGGCGUUGGCGACGCACGCGUGGUGGAGUGGCUUACUCUGGUCCGUAGAAUCGGCGUUCAUUUGGAUCGCGCUGCGCACGGCAAGCACAUCUAAUCACAUCGUCUCGGCUCCCAUGCUCGACAUCGCGGCGUACGUCGGCUACAGCUUUGUGUACGGGUCCGUGACGCUCAUGUCCAAGUUCUCCAGUGGCUCCCUCAUCUAUUGGCUCUUCCUGUCGUGGUCCGCGGUCUGCAACGCGGUGUUCAUGGCGAAGACGCUGAAGAAGAUAAUCUUUAGUGAGUCCCGACACGGCGGAUACUCGCACAGCAUGUCACACAAUUACGUCUUGCUCUGCGUUGUCAUCGUACAGUUUCCCAUUCACUUCUGGUUAUCGCGAUGA